UCGGCCAAUGGGAGCGGGCGGUGUUGCCGUGUGCGGAGGCCGCGGCGCGCUGAGGUGAAGGCGGCUCCGGUACCGGAGCGGGGAUCGGUCCUGGUUUGGCUGCCCCCCCGGUGCCCGGCAUGGGGCUGCUCGCCGCGCUGGCCCGCGGGCUGGUGCGCGGCGCCGACCGCAUGUCCCCGUUCACCAGCAAGCGCGGCCCGCGGAGCCACAACAAGGGCCGUGGCGCCAAGAAGCUGGGGGUGCUGACGGCCGGCAGGAAGUUCAUCCUCCUCAGGGAGAUGGUGCCGCAGUUCAUCGUCCCCAACCUGGAGGGUUUCAAGCUCAAGCCCUACGUCUCGUACCGCGCCCCCGAGGGCUCCGAGGCGCCCAUGACGGCCAAGCAGCUCUUCAGCGAGGUGGUGGCUCCGCGCAUCGAGAAGGACGUGAAGGACGGGACGUUCGAGCCCGGCAACCUGGAGAAGUACGGCUUCGAGCCCACGCAGGAGGGGAAGCUCUUCCAGCUCUUCCCCAAGAACUACGCGCGGUAGAGCAUCGUGGGAAGACCAUCGCCCUGGUGUGAGAGGCUGUUACUGGCUAUUAAAAGCAAACCCUUCCUCUUGGUCUUUCUGCAA